AUGUGUGGCUUGAAACGUAAUUCAUCAUUGAUCUCACUGGAAAAUAUGGAUGAAUUAGAAUAUGUAACAAAAUUAAUGCAAACAAACCUUAAUGAAGCCAAAAGUGCAUUUAUCGGAUUAGUAGCAAAUGAAACAGGGAAAUGGGAAUGGUUAGAUACUCGAACAUUUUGGGAUAGUGUGUUUGCUCCAUUCUAUUAUUCAUAUCGACCCGAGACUAGUCAUUGUGGUAUUAUUAAUUUGGUCAAUGGAACAAAACCAGCAUUCGAAGGACGAGAUUGUAAAGACGAUGAGACUUAUUUUAUUUGUAAAUAUAGUAAGAAAUAA